CUUACAGUCGUCAUAUUCCCUAACAGUCACAUCGGUAGUACGAUCGGAUACCUCGUCGAACUUCUCCGCCAUUCAACUGGACAAACGAGUAAUCGUGAAACUCAUAUCGUCACGCUUAAGGCCCUGUAGCUUUGUGCUAUAUAACCUUUUAGUCAGACACACCAGCGAUGAGGCUACUCAAUACCGAAACACUUGAACUGAUUUCUUUCAUUGGCCAAGUACCGGACUACGUUAUCUUAUCACAUCGAUGGGAGGAAGAAGAGAUCGUCUUUGAAGAUGUCUCCAAAGUCCCUCUCAGCAUGAAGCGAGGGUUUCUCAAAGUUCUAGGCACUUGUGCCCUUGCGGUCAAGCACGGCUACAAAUGGGUUUGGAUUGAUAGCUGUUGUAUCGAUAAGUCUAGUUCAGCGGAGCUACAAGAAUCAAUCAACUCGAUGUUUCGAUGGUAUCAGCGGGCACAGAUUUGUUACGCAUAUCUCAGUGAUGUUGCAGACAAAUCCUCUGGCUGGGGUCAGGCUUUCGGUAAAAGUCAGUGGUUUACUCGCGGAUGGACAUUACAGGAAUUGCUAGCUCCUUGCAAUGUGGAGUUCUACUCGGCAGACUGGAGUCCUAUUGGAAACAAUAUCGAUGUUGCGGCUCUGGAGUCUGAUUGGGUAAUGAUAGAAGAUGAGUUUUGUGCAGCACAAAAGUUGUCCUGGGCCGCACAUCGAGAAGUAUCCAAGGAAGAAGACGAAUCAUAUUGCUUAUUCGGGCUGUUCAAUGUCAACUUACCACUGUUGUAUGGCGAAGGUGAAGUCAAGGCAUUCCGGAGAUUACAGCAGGCGAUUUUUGAGGAAAGUGCCGAUCACAGUCUACGUGAUAGAUCAGGCAGAUUUUGGAGCCUACACAGUCCAUGA